AUGACUGAUCGUACGGGUGGCCCAUCAUGCAUCAUGCAUCAUCGCCUAAUCAUGCACAUGCCACAUUAUUGUCGGAGACCAGACAACUAUGGGGAACAGCACGAGCUCGGAAGUGAAGGCGGCGCUCGCAAUCACGAGAGGCUACAACCCCAGGAUCUAACACUCGCACGAAGCCUCAGAUUACGCGCAGAAGGGCUCGAGAAAGUUGUCACGUCCAUGCUCAAAUCACCCCCUCCGAUCCAUCCGAUCGACGACCACGACACUACACCAACAAGUUCACCCAAGCCCAAACCCUCCAAGCAUCCGCAUACUUUACCGAAUGGCAUCUGCUUGCGCUUAGCCUUCGGCACGCUCUUCCUCGCACGGCGCAACCUUCAAGUGCCCAUAAAUGUACGAGACCGCCCUACCUCCCUUCAUGGAAUGAUCGCUUGCCUCGGCUUAAUCGUUGCUGCUGCUGGAAGUCCAAAGCUACACACCAUUACCUUUUGUACAGAAAGCCUUUUUCGCUCUAAAGGCAAAUCCAAUGCUCCAGGCUGUCACCCGACCGUCUUCUUAUCGGAUGCCCCAUCGUACAAUGUCUUCCGCAUUCAUCGUUUCAUACGACCUCAAGUCACCCGUCCAGAUUCGCGCCUGGGGUUGAUGUUGCGGAUCUCUGGAUCUCCACUCCGCAGAGUCACCAAAAGUGGGGACGACGCGGGGACGUUCUACAAUAUUCCACAGCCUAAGGUCACGACCGCAGUGGCUUCGCGGAGAAGAGUUGCUGACGCUAAGAGGGAAUUGGUCAGGAAGUCUAUUGGAAGUGGCAUGAAGACGUUGAAGGAGUUGGCAGUCAAGGAUUAAUCGAUUGAACUUUUUCAAAAUCCACCGCCUUCAGAAGUCAAUGACAACCAAUCCGACCCC